UCAGAGACUGUGGGAAUAAAGUUCGUGUAUGUCUAUGUGUGUUCAUGUUUGUUUAUACCUGAGACACCUGUGCAAGUGGACAAACUCAGCCCUGUGUGUUUAAUUGUCCUUCUCUGAACAAGCCAUCCCGUUACCUUCCUGAGUGCUCGGAUCUGUUCCCGUGUGGACUCGCCUUUCCUGCAGCUGGACUGAGGAGAACGGUCGAAAACAAAGAAGAACAUUUAGGAUUAAUAGAGACCCGAGAGGAACAGUGGUCAGGAUGUUGAUCACCAUGCUUACAGCCAUGUACAUGAUGGUCAGAGUCGUAGAAUCGAUAGGGACACGAUUCUCACGGCAACCAGACCCUUUGCCUUACUUGGUGUCCCAGCCUUUGCCUUGGCAGGUUCACUCAGUGUCCCACAGCCGGAGGAGCAGCAAAGCAGAGGAGUUUGAAGGGCUCAGGAGGAACAGCAUAGGCGUGUAUAGAAAGAACUAUGUCUCCAUGGCUUUUGCAUCUGCCUCUCUGGCUGUCCCCUGUUUCCUGUCGUGCUCAGACUCCAACCCCAGCAAUGGGACGUACGCCGUGCCCCCUCUUCCUCCACUCAGCCCUGUUGAAGUGGAGAAGGCCGCCAACACCAUCCAGACCCACUUCAGGAAGUUCCAACAGAAGAAGCAGAAGAAUGGCAAAUAAAUGGACAGAGAGCAGAGUGAUGGCAUUGCAGAUGUAGCAUGCCAGUGGGACGUGUGGAUUCUCAACAGGAUGGACAAACCUCAUUUUAACAUAUACUUUUGUAAAUGAACAUUCAGGCUGUGUUUCACACAAAGCAGAGCCCCUGAGUGAGUGAUAAAAUAUACAGCGAUAGAGUACAUUUAAAUCCCCUGCUUGUAAUACUUAUUCUCUAAAUCUGUCCCAGGACAAAAUAUGUUAAUCACCUGAAUGUGAGUAAUUUAUCUAUGACCUGUUUUGAGUAUGUUAAUAUGCAAGAAAAUCAAAUCAUUUGUCAACCUUGUGGAUCUCUGAAAAACUUCAGAAUUUUUUUUCCAUUUCAAUAGAUGCCUCUGUAAGCUAGUUUUAUGUUUCUUUGCAGCACAAUGCCCUCUAGUGGUUUGAUCAAGGUAUAACCAUAAGACAUUUAUUGUUCUGUUUUUCAGAUGGUUCAUUGAAAAUGUAAAGUAGCCCUUAAAUUCCCCCAUUCUGAUUUUGUCUUUAUUAAGGAGACAUUGAUAAAUUUGAAUGACAUUUUGAAUUAUCUGAAAUGAAUUUGUAAAAAGAUGUAAAAAAAAAAAAAGCAACAUGAAUAACAUAAUUAACACAUCCAUUAAAUUAUUAAAUUAUUUAAAUAAUGAAACAUAUCCAGAACAAAGCAACAGCCAAUCACAGCACUUGCUCUGCCUUUAUUUUCUUUUAAAGAACUAUGUAAUGAAAAGCAGCAUUAUGUAAUAAAAUCUGUGAAUGGAACAAAUAGGAAUUAGUCUUAUUGUGGUAUGAAGAAUUAAAAUGUAUUUUCACUAUAUAUAAGUACUGUCUUUGUGUAUUCAUGCAUAUCACGAUUUGUCUCAAAAUGUAUUCUCUCCUUGUUUGUUUAAUUUGUAUGCUUUAAGCCCUUGAAAUUGGGCUAGGCAUUUAAGGACUAAUAAAAUAUAGUUUACA